AUGCCUUGCCACUGCCCGUCAUGCCUUGCCACUGCUCGUCACGCCUUGCCACUGCUCGUCACGCCUUGCCACUGCUCGUCACGCCUUGCCACUGCUCGUCACGCCUUGCCACUGCUCGUCACGCCUUGCCACUGCUCGUCACGCCUUGCCACUGCUCGUCACGCCUUGCCACUGCUCGUCAUGCCUUGCCACUGCUCAAGUGAGGCCAGUGGGGACCCCACGGCCCAUGCGGAGAUGCUGUGCAUCCGAGCCGCAUGCUCUCACCUCGCCCACUGGCGCCAACUGCAGGCAAGUCCCACUGGCGCCAACUGCAGGCAAGUCCCACUGGCGCCAACUGCAGGCAAGUCCCACUGGCGCCAACAGCAGGCAAGUCCCACUGGCGCCAACUGCAGGCAUGUCCCACUGGCGCCAACUGCAGGCAAGUCCCACUGGCGCCAACUGCAGGCAAGUCCCACUGGCGCCAACUGCAGGCAAGUCCCACUGCCGCCAACUGCAGGCAAGUCCCACUGCCGCCAACUGCAGGCAAGUCCCACUGCCGCCAACUGCAGGCAAGUCCCACUGCCACCAACUGCAGGCAAGUCCCACUGCCGCCAACUGCAGGCAAGUCCCACUGGCGCCAACUGCAGGCAAGUCCCACUGGCGCCAACUGCAGGCAAGUCCUCCACAAACCCCCUACGUGUGGCUCAACCUAGCAUCUCCUUGGCACGACCUACGUCGUCGCCGCCCUCCCCUCCCUCCGCCGUGAUUGCGCCCUCCUCGCCUGCGGAUCCCACCGCCGCGAGUGCAUCACCGCCCCCCGUCGCCGCGACACACCGUCGCUGCCCCCCCCCCCCCCCCCCCCUCCCCCUUUUUUCCGCCGCCGCGCCUUCUCUGGCGCCGCCUGCACAUCCCGCCGCGACGCCUCGUCGCCGCCUCCUCCUCCCCCUGCCGCGACCCCCCGUCGCCGUCUCCCUCCCGCCGCCGCGCCUACUUCGGCGUCGCCCGCGCAUCCCUCCGCCGCGACGCCCCGUCGUCGCCUGCCCCUCCCGCUGCCGCGACGUCGCGUCGCCGCCUCCCCCCACUGCCGCCGCGCCUUCCUCGGCGCCGCCUGCGCAUCCCGCCGCCGCGACGCCCCGUCGUCGCCUCCUGUCCCGCCGCUGCGACUUCGCGUCGCCGCCUGCACUCCCCAUCGACGCGACCCCCCGUCGCCGCCUACGCAUCCCGCCGCCGCGACCCGCUCGUCGCCGCCUGCACGAUCCGCCGCCGCGACUUCGCGUCGCCGCCUGCAUGACCCGCCGCCGCGACUUCGCGUCGCCGCCUGCACGACCCGCCGCCGCGACUUCGCGUCGCCGCCUGCGCAUCCCGCCGCCGCGACCUUCUCGUCGCCGCCUGCACCCCUUGCCGCCGCGACCUUCUCGUCGCCGCCUGCACCCCUUGCCGCCGCGACCUAAAGUCGCCGCCCGCGCGACCUCCUGCCGCGACCUGCUCGUCGCCGCCCGCGCAUCCCGCCGCCGCGCCUUCCUCGUCGCCGCCCGCGCAUCCCACCGCCGCGCCUUCCCCGUCGCCGCCCGCGCAUCCCUCCGCCGCGCCCUCCUCGUCGCCGCUCGCUCAUUCCGCCGCCACGAUUCCCUCGUCGCCACCCGCGCAUCCCGCCGCCGCACGUUCCUCGUAGCAGCCGCCUCAUCCCGCAGCAGCAGCGUCAUUGGCAGCAACAGCUUCGCCCACAGCUACACCUGCCUUGCCGCGGACCGCUCGGCGAUCAACUGGCAUUCCUUCGUCGGGAGCAUCCGCCGUGUUCUCCAAGAUGCAUUCAUCGGACCCUACUGCGUCCUUGACGUCCUCCUCCGCCGCCCGCAAGCCCUCCAGCCCACGGCACCCAAUCACCCCGGCGAACCCCCUCCACCCCCCAUUCCUCCUGGUCCUCCUCCUCCUGAACCCACCUUGGAGAUCGCCACUACCCCAGCGCUCCAAGAUGCCGCCGAUGCCGCAUUUCUCCACGAUCGCCGCGAAUACCUCAUCCGCAAGGCGGAGCAUGAGGUUGCGGUACAUAACCACGACUUCGCGGUAGCGGAACGCGCCAAUCGCCUGGCGCUCCUUGAUGAGUACAAUACGGCCAUGGCGGACUACCUCCCUCGGAGCAUCGCAUGGGCCACUGCUGACAACCGCGCCUGCACCAUCCUCCUCGGCGCACUCCCUGAUACCCUCAUGCGCCGUUUCCAAGCUCGCGAGAUGCGCGCCUCCCUCAUCUGGGCCGAGCUCCAGACCAUGUUCGAGCGUCGCGACAUCAGCUCUGUCGGCGCCCUGUUCCAGGAGUACUUCUCCAUCACCCUCGCCACUUGUGAUGGCGCAGUUGACUACGUGGGGCGCAUGCAGGAGGUCGCUGAUCGCCUUGCGGCACGCCAAGCUGCCCUCCCCGAGCCCCUGCAAAUCCACCGCCUCCUCUACAACCUCACCCCGGACUACGAGUCCCGCCUCCAUGCCUUCACUGAGGCCAACCCCAUGGCCGGCCUCGACGACGUGGUCCAGUGGAUCAUUGACACGGAGGUCAAGCUCCGCACCCCCGUUGUCAACCUUACCACCCCUCAGUCCUCCUCCUCCACCUCCCUCACCGCUACGCAGCCGCGCAACCAGGGUGGUCGCAGCGGCGGCGGCGGAGGCCGUGGAGCGGGUGGCGGUGGUGGUGGUGGAGGCCGUGGUGGUGGCGGUGGUGGUAGUGGUGGCCGUGGUGGCCGUGGUGGCGGUGGUGGUGGUGCUGGCAGCGCCCCUGCUGGAGGUGCUCCGGAUCAGCAGCAGCAGCAGCAGCAGCAGCAGCCGCAGCAGCAACAGCAGCAGCAGCAGCAGCCGGGACAGCAGCCGGGGCAGCAGCAGCAGCAGCAGCCAGGCCAGCAGCAGCAGCAGCAGCCGGGCCAGCAGCAGCAGCAGCAGCGGCAGCCGGGACAGCAGCAGCAGCAGCAGCAGCAGCAGCAGCAGCAGCAGCGGCAGCAGCAGCAGCCUCAGCAGCCUCAGCAGCCGCAGCACCAGCACGAGCCGUGCCCCAUGUGUGCGGGGAGGCAUCCUUCCCCACACUCUCCUUUCGACGCCUCCUCCUCUCCGACACCACCCGUGCACCACCACCCCCGCUCCCUCCCAGCACUGCACGCUGUACGUGAUCACUGCACGCUGUACGUGAGCCUAGAGCCGUGCCCCAUGUGUGCGGGGCUCAUCCCUUCCACCCUUCCUCGUUCACACCUUCCGUUCCCCUCUAUCCCCCUAUCUCCCCUUCCCCCAGCACUGCACACUAUACGUGACGCUAGAGCCGUGCCCCAUGUGCGCGGGGGCCAUCCUGCAGGCGAGGGUGGGCCGCCUCGUGUGGGGCGCUCCCAACCCCCUGCUGGGGGCCGAUGGCAGCUGGGUCAGGUGAGGGGUGCAGUGCGGAGCCUGCAAUCAACCUCGCCCUCCUCUCAACCCUCUCGUUGCCCUGCUCUCAACCCUCCCUUUGCCCUCCUGAACCCUCUCGUCCCUCUCGUCACCCUCCUCUCGACCUGCCUCGACUCUCAUUACCACCUCAUGGGCUGCGCCCCUCGCACCUUUCACACCCCGCUCAUCCUUCCAACUCUUCACCACCUCUCUGCUCUAACCUCCCCUCCCCACCUCCACUGCUGCCCCGACCUGCUGCCUGUGCUGUCCCCUCACAGCCUGUUCCCGCCACAGUCUUCAGCACGUGGCUCUCCCUCUCACCGCCUGCAACCCGCAUCUGCUCCCGCACAGGGCACACCCGGUCGGCGCAGGCGCAGAAGGGGGAGGAGGAGGACAGACGGCGAAGCGGAGGGGGGCGAGGAGGAGAGUGGAGUGCGUGGAGAGGUGGGGAGUGAGGAGGGGUCAGGGGAAGGGGCUGUGAAGGAAGGGGGCGUGGAAGCUGGUGGGGAUAGAAGCCAAGGGGUGGUGAGGAAUGUGAGGAAUGAGGUGGUGUGGAAUGAGGUGGUGAGGAAUGAGGUGGUGGGAAUUAAUGAUGAGAAGGGAAGAGGAGGUGAUACGGCACAAGGCGGGGAGUGUGUGAGAAGCAACGGUGCCGUCAGGGGCGAUGACAGUCAGGCCGAUGGAAGUGGAGAUGAAAAGAGCUUGGGCUCUGCGCGUGUGGGGGUAGACGGGCUGGACAAGGCAAGGGGGGGUGCGGCAUUGAUGGGAGAGGGGCAGAGGGGGUUGGAUCACCCGGGUGUGGGCAAGGGAGGGCCGGUGCACCCCUUCCAUCCGCACGUGCGCGUGACAGGGGGCGUGCUGGGGGAGGAGUGUGCGGAGGUGAUGAGGGAGUACUUCAGAGCCAGGCGGAGGCAGCAGGCCGAGGAGAGGAGGGAGCGCAAGGCCAGGGAAGGGCUUGGGGGAAGGUGA